CAUGCCAACGUGAUUAAACUGAAAGAAGUUAUCAGAGAAAAUGACCAUCUUUAUUUUAUAUUUGAAUAUAUGAAAGAAAACCUCUAUCAAUUAAUGAAAGACAGAAACAAGUUGUUCCCUGAGUCGGUCAUCAGAAAUAUUAUGUAUCAAAUAUUGCAAGGGCUGGCAUUUAUUCAUAAACAUGGUUUUUUCCAUAGGGAUAUGAAACCAGAAAACUUGCUUUGUAUGGGUCCAGAACUUGUGAAAAUUGCUGAUUUUGGACUUGCCAGAGAAUUAAGGUCACAGCCACCAUAUACUGAUUAUGUGUCUACCAGAUGUUAUGAUGUUCUUAAAUUGGUUACUAAUUUUCGUUUUGCUCUUUCCCGACCUCCUACUUAUAUGUUGCUUAAACAGAGUGACUGGCCAGAAGGGUAUCAGCUUGCAUCCUUGAUGAAUUUCCGCUUUCCCCAGUGUGUUCCUAUAAACUUAAAAACUCUAAUUCCUAAUGCCAGUAAUGAAGCUAUUCAACUUAUGACGGAAAUGUUAAAUUGGGAUCCAAAGAAACGACCAACAGCAAGCCAGGCAUUAAAACAUCCAUAUUUUCAAGUUGGUCAAGUCUUAGGCCCUUCCUCACAUCAUCUGGAAUCGAAACAGUCUUUAAAUAAGCAGGUGCAGCCACUAGAAUCAAAGCCAUCUUUAGUUGAUCUAGAACCUAAGGUUCUGCCGGACAUAAAGGAUCAGACUGCCGGCCAGCCCCAGCCGAAACACAGCCACCAGCCACUGCAGCCCAUCCAGCCACCACAGGACACGGAUGCCCAGCAAGAGCCAAAGCAGCAGAGCCAACAGAAACAGCCGCAAAUACUGUUUCCCAGUAUCGUCAAAAACAUGCCAACCGUAAGUAGCCUGCUUCCAGAAUCAGUGCUGUCACACUCCAACCACUCUACAGGGGAAAACAAGAGCUUACCUGCUGCUAUCUCCCUAAAAUCUGAUUCCGAAUUGUCAACUGCUUCAACAGCUAAACAGUACUACUUGAAACAAUCAAGAUACCUUCCAGACAUUCAUCUUCUGACAAUGAAACUUGAUCAUACGUCUCUAGGAAAUCUUGGAAGUUAUGCUACUUACAAUCCAUCAGGAUAUAUUCCUUCCUUUCUCAAAAAAGAAGUGGAGUCAGCUGGCCAGAGGAUACACUUAGCACCUCUCGGUCCAACCGCUUCAGAAAACACCUGGAACACAAAACCUGGUCGGGGACAGUUUUCAGGACCUACUUACACUCCGACAGCCAAGAAGCUAAACCUUGUGCGUCGUGCACAGCCGGUCCCCUCAGUGCACGGGAGGACGGACUGGGUGGCCAAGUACGGAGGCCACCGGUAGGAGGCUGGAGUGAAGCCCUGUCGCACUGCUCCACAGUCCCCGACCCUGGGAAAUGUCCACAGAUGUCUGCUUCCACUGAGUUCUGCCAAAACUAUGCAAUAGUGAGCACUUUGAAGAUGAAACCAUCUCCUAUUUUCUUUCCUGGAAGUACAUUUUCUUAGCAUUGUUGCCCACAGUGCUUGUAUAUGGGUAGGACUUGACAAAGUAUUGAAUAAACUAUUUGCCAAAGUAUCAAGUAUUUGAUAUACAAAUUAAUAGAUACUAAGUAGACUAAGAAGCUUUUUUUUUAAAAUGCCCCCAGAAAGAGUUUCGAGUGUUUUAGUUUUCACUUGUUGUAUAUUUACCUAAAUUACUUGAUAUUUCCUCAUUGGGCCUCAGAGGUUUGUUCUAUUUGGGUUUUUUAUAGCAAUUAGGUAGACCACAUGUUGUGGGCUGUCAGUUAUAGUUCUUAUGUGGCCAAGGCUCCACUCUACCACUUUGGCAAUGGUGGAAAAAUGGUAAUUUAUCAUUUAUUUUUCUACUUUGAAAUUACAGAAGCAAUAGUAAUGCCAAUCUUUAGCAGGAUGUCUUAGAAAUAAAUUUAUUGUUAACAUAAUUUCAAAAUUAUGCCACCUAAUUUUAGUGGAAAGAGUCUUUAGUGGAAAGAGUGUUUAAUUUGAACCGGUACAACUGCUAUGAAUUUACGGUAACUGUCAAACCCAAAGGUGUGAUGACUCCCAAUGAAUCAAGUCAAGGUUCUCUGUCUUCACAUCAAGAAAGUUCUUGAAACUGUGAUGUGUGUUCAUCAGACUUUCAAAGUACAUUUGUUUCCGUGUUCCUACCAGACAUGAGGGUAGGUGUGUCGGCUGGCCCCCCAGAGCAGACUUGCUGCAGAGCAGACUCAGCUCUGACCUGCACACCUGCUCGGAAGAGCAGACCCAUGCAGCUGCUGCACAUUGAUUUCACUUAGCACACUUUGUUUCUAAGUUGGUAUUUAAAAUGGACAUUUUGAACUUAUGACUACUCUGUUUAAACCUGCCAUUUGGACCGGACAUGAGUACUGUACAUUCUUUUUAAAGACUAAUGUUAUCAACUGCUGAUAUUGUAUGUAUUUUAUGACAGUAACAAAUUCUAAUGUAAUUGGUGUCAUCUUGUAAACAUUAUUCAAAUGCACAUUAUAAUAAUAAUAUGGUAUUUUUGUACGGAAGAUUCAGCUCAUCUUGUUGAAAAAUGUUAAAAUCUAAAGAAUAUGUGGGUGGUGAUGGUUAUAUAUGUUUGUACAGUUUUAAUUACUGUCUCAAAGCUAAAAAAUUCUUUUGUUCCUGGGAUUUUUAAACUCUAGUUAUUAAAAUUAAUAUGGUUACCCACUGUGUUUUCUUUAUAGUUUUAAACUUUAUACUUAUACUUUGAGGCCUAGUUAUUGUCUUAGUUAGCUUUCUCUUUUUCUGUUUUUUUAACCAGUUUUAGAUUUAUAGAAAAAUUGAUUGGAAAGUACAGCGUUCCAUAUAUUUCCUCAUCUCCCCCUAUUAUUAAUUUUCCCUAUUAACAUCUUGCAUUAGUGCAAGACAUUUGUUGUAACUGAUGAACCAAUAUCGAUACUUUAUUGACUAAAGCCCAUAGUUUACAUUAAGGUUCACGCUUGGUGUACGUUCUGUGGGUUUUGAGAAAAUGUAUGACAUGUAUCCACCAUUACAGCAUCACACAGAAUAACUUCUCUGCCCUACAAGUCCCCAGUGCUCUACACAUUCAUCCCUCCCUCCCUCUCUCCCACCAAACCUCUGGCAACCACCAAUCAUUUUGUCGCCAUGGUGUCUCCUUUUGCACAAUGUCAUAUAGUUGGAAUCAUGCACUAUAUAGCCUUUUCAGAUUGGCUCCUUUCACUUAGUAAUAUAAAUUUACAUUUCCUCCAUGUCUAUUCUUGGCUUGAUAUCGCAAAUCUGUUUAUCACUAAAUAAUAUUCCAGUGUCUAUAUGUACCAGAGUUUGUUUAGCCAUUCACCUACUGGAGGACAUCCUGGUUGUUUCC